UAUAAUGCUUGUCAGACCCUCACUGUCGAUUGCAGGCAGAAGCUGACUCGUGGGUAAGACACGGGGGCGUACAGACUGUAGGGAGGCGAGCCCGGCGGGCCUCUCCCGGGCACCCACGGGCGUUGGAAACAUUCCUUCGGGGGGCCUUUCCGGGGAAUUGUUUGGGUAAGGUCAUGUGCUCCGUCACGUGAAUGAUCAAAAGUUGCUACCUCGGGGAAGAAAUAGAGAAAAGAAGGAUUGACUGUCUUUAGAAGGUGCGCUGGAAACUACAAAACCGAGCUUCUCGGGAACUGCCUUAUAGUCUAACAGGAAGUGGAGCGUCACCGAAAGGGAGGAGCGGCCACUCGAGGACUGUCUCCCUGCUCCCGGCGCUCACUUUGCGUGCGGCGGUUUUUCCAGGCUAUCAAUCCAGCGAAUGAGACACGGUAGAUGCACGCUGCUUGGUUUAGAAAAAACAGAAAUGAGCAAGUGAGUCGCCCCUUCCGUUUUAGGAUAACCAAGCUGCAAGCAAAUAAAUCGGCUAGCCCCACUGCAUUCUUCUGCACUUGAGGGUCGAGAGAGCCUGUUCCUAUCAAUCACUGAAGGCAUAAGGAAAUUUUUUUUAAAGUUAGACUUUAUCACAAUGAGGUAUUGCCACGUCUGCAAACUUCCUGGGAGAGUGAUGGGUAUCCGAGUGCUUCAUUUCUCUUUGGUGGUUAUCCUUGUGUUAUUACUGGUAGCUGGUGCUUUGACUGCUUUACUUCCUAAUAUCAAAGAAGACAAGAUGCUCACGUCACGUAGGGAGGUAAAAUCCCAGGGCAAGUCCACCAUGGAUUCCUUUACUCUUAUAAUGCAGACGUACAACAGAACAGAUCUCUUGUUGAGACUUUUAAAUCACUAUCAGGCAAUACCACAUCUGCACAAAGUGAUUGUUGUAUGGAACAACAUUGGGGAGAAGGGACCAGAUGAGUUAUGGAAUUCUCUAGGGCCUCACCCUGUCCCUGUGAUCUUCAAACUACAGACAGCAAACAGAAUGAGAAAUCGACUCCAGGUCUUCCCUGAACUGGAAACCAGUGCGGUGUUAAUGGUAGACGAUGACAUGCUCAUUAGUGCCCAGGACCUUGUUUUUGCUUUCUCUGUUUGGCAGAGAGAAGACUAGAACUACCUUCCAGAGAACGAUGAAGAAAUGAUCUGUGUAACACAGUCUAGAAUACAGAGAUAUUUUUCACAAGGCCACCAACAUGGGUGUCAAAUGAGAUAUGUAUUUCUGUACUCAUAUUGCAUAUUACUUUUUAAAAGAAAGUAUUUAUUAUAUUCACCAAAUUUAAUCCUGGUUCUGCAAUUACUGUUUAAAAAUUCUGCAGUGAAAAUUCUUCCUGUACCAUUGUAGGGGCAGGUUUUUAUUUUCUAAAUUCUAUGCAGGCAUAGUUUGCUUGCUCUUCUAUAAAAACAACUCUCUGCUAUUAAAUAUGGGUUCAUAAUUGCUGGCUUUUACAAGUUACAGUACAAUUACCUGGAACCAGAGCUGCAUACAAAUACCCUGGAGCCUUCUCAAAUAAUUAAACACUGUGCUUCCAAAUAAACCGUCUAAUUUAUGCUAUGGUUAACUCUACUUAAUUACCUACUUGGGAUAAAACAACGUGAGAUAUUAUUCGUAAGUGAUCACAGUAUUCUGCAGUUAUCAGCACUUUAAAAACUUUAGUUGUUAACUUCGUGCCUGGUGUCCUGAUCAACAAAUUGAUUUUCUUCCAUAUCAGCAGUUUUUCAGGCCUUAAAAAUAAAAGCUUCUUAGGCAAAAAGUUCUAAAGUAACAACUCUAGCUGAAAGAUUUGUAUUUUAGGUAAAAAUUCAAUUUACCCAAAAUGUAAGAGGGAGAAAAAUACAAAGACUGUGGCUCAUUAGAAUAAUCGAAGUAGGCGAUAAUUAAAAGUGACUAAAUAUGAUUUUAGGUUUUAUUCACAAAAAAUCAACAAUUUUAAUGCAUUGCCCAAGUAUUAUCUGACUCCUGAAAUUCAGUCCAGUCAGUGCUCCCCAAUGCCCAAUGUAUUAUAAUUAUUUGGUAUGAAUAGGCAGGCCAGAUUAAAAUAGACUGCACAAAUGUCUGUGCUUUCACACUUAACCCAUUAUCUUCACUUGUAGUGCUUUCCCUUUUCCUUCCUUCCCUCCUUUUGUUGAUGUUGUUGUUAGUUGCCAUGGAGUUGAUUCUGACUCAUAGCGACCCCACGUGUGCAGAGUAGAACUGCUCCAUAGAGGUUUCAAGACUGUGACCUUUUGGAAGCAGAUCACCAGGCCUGUCUUCUGAGAGGACUCUGGGUGGGUUCAAACUGCCAACCUUUUGGUUAACUGUUUGCAACACCUAACCAUCUUCCCUCCUCUAGCCACCUAGAUUCUCUUCAUCUUCCUAGAUCCCAUAAAUCGGACAUCCCCUGUGAAGCCUCCCAGCCUUUAUCCCCCAUCCUGUGACCUUCCCCUUGGCCUGCCAGCAACACCGCUGUCAUUCUAUUCUCAGUGUUCCUGUCAGAUUUUACCCAACUGUAUUUACAACUUUAUUACAGUAUUAUAAUUUCUUGUUUACAUAGCUAUAUCUCUCUCUAGACUGAGUUCUUUGAAAUGGAAUUUAACCCAGCCCAGUGUUUUUGCGUCCCUUGUUCAAUGUCUGUUCAACAAAUGAAUGAAACUCGAGUUCGCGUGCUUCAUUGUUUUUUGUUCGUUUGCUGAUUUUUGUUUUAUUUUUAGUCAUUCUCACCGUAAUGUUAAAUGUCUUACUACCAUACAUUCUUUUUUCAACUAUUCUGACAGACUUCUUCUGUUUUUAGGAAGAAUACAGCCAAAUUGGAAAGGGAUAAAGUAUUGUUUAAAUUUAUUGUUUAAAAUCCACAGUAACUUUUAAGAACAUUGCUCAACAUGGAAAGACAAUAAAAUCAUAAUUUUAUAUGCUCCUCAGAGAUUAAAAGAAUUUUUCAAAGCAGUCACAUUAAAUCUUAUUAUCCCCUACAAUAAA